GUGGGACCGGUUUCAUGGCUCCAGGAUGGAGGGGUUCCUCACCACGUUUCCACCGUACGGCCUGCGCGGCGCCCCGGUCUGCGCUCCGCCAGCCCCGGGCAGCACCUGGGGGAAGCGGGAGGGCCGCUUCAUGACCCCGCAGGGCUUGAACUACCUGGAGCUCUGCAGGGCCAUCCUGUCCCAGGUCAGCCCCGGAGCUCUGCCAGCUCCACUGCGGAGGGCCACCACCAAGGAGUGCGGCGUGCAGGUGAACGCAAAGGUGGAUAAAAUCGUGCAGUGCUCGCUGGGUCCCAAGACGCUGUUCGGCCUGGAGAGCGACCGCCCCGGAGCCUCGAAGUCCCCGCAAAGCCCGGGUCUCGGGCCCGGCGGGAAGUCGCAGCACGACACGCCGCCGAUGAGCCUGCGCUUCCUCAGACCUGUGUCCAUCUACUCGCCGGUGUUUGACCGCAGGGUGUUCACCAAGAAAGCCGGAGACGACGGCGGAAGUGAGGGAGAACCUGAGGCCGCCGAACAAGACGAGUCUGACGGGGACGAAGAGGCCGAUCACAGCAGCGAGGACACGGAGAAGGACAUAAAGACAAGUUUCAGACAGUCCGCAAAGGGCUCCAACUUCCAGUUCCUGGAGCAGAGGUAUGGCUUUUUCCACUGCAAGAAGUGCAACAUCCGGUGGGAGAGUGCUUACGUAUGGUGCAUCUCUGGAACCAGUAAGGUGUACUACAAGCAGCUCUGCCGGAAGUGUCAGGUGGGGUUCAACCCCUACAGAGUGGAGCCCAUCCUCUGCAAGGGCUGCUCUCAGACCUGCUGCAGCUGUGAAAAGAAGCAGAGACACAUCAACAUGAAGAGACCUCACCGCCAGGACCUGUGCUGUCGCUGCAAGGGCAUGAGGCUGUCCUGCGACGCCACCUACAGCUUCAAGUACAUCGUCUGAGCUCCACACUCUGGUCCGGAGCCGCUCAUUCCUCACGUAGCUCCAACUGCCUCUGUUAACAAAGGGUCAAGGCCAAAUCACUGAUGUCAGCACACGUGUGGGUUACCUGUACAUGUCAUGAUUAGAAGCUGUCUCCAGUUACAGACUUGGAAGAGAUUUAUUUAUUCUCCAACCAGCGAGUAGCUGAGUCUCUUGGUGUUUGGGGGGGGGGGGGCAUGUCUACAGGGCUCUUUGUUUCCCUCUGUGAAUCCUGGUGCGUAACUUGACAUGAAAACAUUAUUUUGCAAAAAGAAAGUUUACGAAAUAAACAUUGCACCUCAAAUGU